AGUCGAUCUGGAAUUCUCGAUUAUAAUUUGUUUUAUUUUUGACUUAUGUAGUUUCGUUGUUAAUUAACAAAUAAAAACAAGUAUUAACUAUAAAUUUACUAUUGAUUAAUAGUGAACUAAAUAAUUAAUUUAAUUAUCUCAUAUCUGCAAUGCUUAAAUUCAUUGGAUUCGUUGAAUACGAAGGUGUUGGGCGUAUAUGGUCUGCAGAUAAACUUAAAAUACUGUGCAAUGUAGAAAAUGAUGAUGGUAUCCAACAAAUUAUGAUGGAUGUAAAUGUUUUAAUUAGCAAUGGGAUCGAUGUUGAAGAAAGUCAACCAGUAAGAAUAUGUACUAAUUCACAAAACAUAGUUCAGGACGAUGAACCUUCUUUUGUCGACAACACUAAAGAUGCAUUUAUAUGGAACAAAAACCUUGUGACUUUGCUCAUUGAGACACGUAUUGAAAUGGACACUUCCUUUCAAGGAAACAAAUUCAAAAAAAAUGUACUAUGGACAAAAGUUGCUGAAAAAUUAAAUACAUCUUUUCCAAACCAUGCACCUGUCAGUGCCGAUAAAUGUGAUUCAAAAUGGAGAAAUCUCUGGGUUACUUACAAAGCUAACGUGAAAAAGUCAAAUUCUGUGAGCGCUUGAUUCACUUACCCCAAACCGUUCAGCUACUGAUCUAAAUGUCUCUUUUUCAUUGGCUAAAACCCAUAAUUGUCAAGAGCAAAUGACGAUCAAUUGCAAUAGGGGUUCGCCCUACAACUGUUUCAGCUGAUGGUAAUUGCAUAAGCAAAAACUAAUAUAAUAAAAAUGAAUA